AUGCGGUCACGCAGGCGUUCUCGGUUCAAGCGGUCCAACAGCGUGACGGCUGGUGUGCAGGCUGACCUGGAGCUGGAAGGCCUGGCUGGGCUGGCUGUGGCCACCGAAGACAAGGCCCUGCAGUUUGGACGCUCCUUCCAGCGCCAUUCCUCGGAGCCCGAGUCCACACGGCAAUACUCGGUCUACAAGACGGUGCAUACGCAAGGCCAGUGGGCCUACAGAGAAGACUACCAGAUGCAGUACGACACCAUGGAAGUGCCCCGCCAGAAUUCCUGGAUGGAUCGGGGCUCGCGCAGCCUGCCAGAUUCUGGCCGAGCAUCACCUUGCCACCGGGACGGCGAGUGGUUCAUCAAGCUCCUGCAGGCAGAAGUCGAGAAGAUGGAAGGCUGGUGCCAGCAGAUGGAAUUGGAGGCUGAAGAUUAUGACUUACCAGAAGAAAUCCUUGAGAAGAUCCGAAGUGCAGUGGGCAGUGCCCAGCUCUUGAUGAACCAGAAAUUCCAACAGUUCUACCGCCUCUGUCAGCAGAAUAUGCCUCAAAGCCAAAGAGCCCUGAAUGUUGGAACCUUUCCACAGAAGGGCAUCUUCCUGCAAGGGAAACCAAACAAGCGGACGUUGUUUGUACGUGGUCAUUUGCUUUGUGAGCCUGUCUCUUGCCGCAGAGUCUCCCCGAAGCGUCCCUGCUUCGGAAGCUGGUCUUCCUUUUAUGCAAACUGA